AUGGUCUUCGAUCAGGCCGGAGCCCAGUGUGUCCAAGCGGCACGGGCACCAACCCGGCCGCGUCAAUCACAUCAACAUGAGCUGAAGAGACACCUGGACCGCUGCGAGCAGCUCCUUCAAGAGGUUGCCGGCUCGAGACGUGGUGUCGAAGAACGCCCGUCCUCCUCGUCCAGCUCAGUAUCUCCCGUCCCCGAGCCUAUUACGCCACUGGCACAACACGGUUCCAGUGUCAAGGACGUGGAGGACGUGUUGUCGCGAUGGACGCCUUUCCGGCGGCCCGACGGCAAGUUGGUAGAGCAUGCCGAUGGCACUGUUUCCUUUAUGGAAGACGGCUAUCUACAGUCAGUACAUGAAGAGGUACGCGCAAUGCGCGAGAUCCUCGACAAUGACAGCACGAUUCUCGGAGUUGCGUCCGUAGGCGCAAGUCAUACCUACAGCCCCGUUUCCACCAACACCCCGCCCUCUACAGCUGAGGAGCUUGACACCGACAUGGGCCUACUUGGCAAUGACGAGAUGUCGGGACCCUAUCCGACGGCCCACCUCUGGCCCACCAGUGCUCACGUCUUUAGGUUGUGGCAGAUUUACAUCGAGCGCGUGAAUCCCCUCAGCAAGGUGAUUCACGUUCCCUCUCUCCAGCCAUAUCUCGUCGAGGCAUGCGUUGGCAUGGAGAACAUACCGCAGAACAUCCAAGGCCUGCUGUUUGCCAUCUUUCUAAUGGCCAUCAUCGCCAUGAGAGAGGAGGAGACGCAGGAGUACUUGGGCAUGCCUCGGGACCAGGCGUUCGCUCGCUUUUCGUCCGGCACUAGACGGGCAUUGAGAAAUCAGGACUUCUUUUGCAGGAACGACUUGGUCAUUGUUCAGACUCUGGCCGUAUACACGAUGUCUCUCUACGACCGACCACGAAGUCAGCGUCCAGCAGCCUGGAUCCUCAGCGGUGUAGCUCUGCGCAUCGGGCAGCGGAUGGGGCUACACCAAGACGGCGAGCGUUUAGGCCUGAGCCCGUUCGAGACAGAGAUGCGGCGGCGGCUCUGGUGGCAGCUCGUGCUGCAAGAUGCCCAUUUCGCGCUGGGCGCCGGCCUAGGGCACUCGAUGCUCCCUCGCGACUCCAACACGCUCGGGCCGCGGAACCUCAACGACGCAGACAUAUAUCCCGCCGCCACAGAGCCAUUCCCGGACCGAGACGGCCCCACGGAGAUGGUCCUCUGCAGCAUCAUGUACAAGACGGCACGCUUCAUGACCCGCACACCAGGUCUAGAGAUGGGCAUGACCGUCGGCCCUGCAGCAACAACAACAACAAAAGGGCUCGAGUCCGCCACGAUGAGCCACAGCGGGGACAUGAACAGCUGUGCCCAGACCAACAGCGCCGGCGACAAAGACCACAAGCCCUCGGCCGACCAGCAACACAUGAGCUACUACAGCGCCCUCCUCGACGAGCUCGAACGAGACAUGGCGCACAUCCGGGAGAAGCAGUUGAACCCAAGCAGCAGUCCCACCCACCGCAUGGCCGCCGUGCUCAUCGACUGUCUCCUGAAGCACCUCAUCGACACCUUUCGGCCGCCUCCCCUCCCACACACCCCAGCCGGCCACAGCGACACGAGUGACGACGCCUCACCCAGCGGCGGCGGCGGCGGCGGUGGUGGCGGCUCCCGCUACUUCCUGCCCGGCCGCUCGGGCCCAUUCAACGCCGGCGCCGGCGACUGCUCGCCUGACGGCAUCUUCCGCACUGCCGUCGGCGAGAUCGAGAUGCAGAACAAGAUCACGGCCGUCUCGGCGGACACGGGCUUUGCGUGGUUCUCGCGGCUCGACUUCCGCGUCAACUUUGAGUCGACGCUGUACGUCGCCCGGCAGCUCCGGAAGCGGACGAGGCCGACCCCGCUGGUCGGCGAGGCGUGGCGGCAGAUCGAGGACAUGUACGGGAUCCAGGAGGGCCUGUAUGACUUGUCGAGCAAUGCGCAUCGCGCGCUGGCGAAGUCCGUCCUUGAGGCGUGGAGGUGUCGCGAGGUUGUUGUUGUUGAGGGGGGUCCAGGUCCUGUCGCUGAUCCGCCCUACAUUGAGCGGUUGAUGCAGGACCUGUACGCGAUUGGGGAUGUUGACUUCCUGGGGCAAGGUAUGACGGACUCGAUCUCAGCAUCGAGUGACUUGAUGACGACGGAAACCAUGGCCCUGCCAGAAGCGGCUGCGUACCAGCAGCACCAGUAUGACAACCUCUUCUCGGCGACGGAGUCUACGCCGGGAACCAUGGUUAUGGACGGCAUGGAUGGGUUCACGAGUGGCUGCGGGAUGCCCAACCAGCAAAUGGGACAAUUUGGGCAGUCCAUCCUGGGGUUCGGCAUGUUUCCGGCCCCAGAGUGGCCGUGA